UCACGGGGAAGUUUCAACGCCAGUUUCGCCGGCCAUUAUCCGGGUGAUGUUCUCUUCCAACAUUCGCAAAAUCUCUCGUCAACAACUGGAUAACGUCUUUUAACUGCUGCGUUACACCUGCAUCACUCAUGGGAAGAACGAUGCUGCCCGAAAUUAAGAUCGGACGAUUUCUUCACAUACGGUUUCUUGACAAGAGUAAAACAGAAAAAGAAGUGAUGGCUCCAAACGUAUCAGGAUCCCCAUCGCCACUGUUUGGUGUGACGCCAUUGGCUGGAGCAGAAGUCAUCCCUUCCAAGACUGAACAACAGCAGCACAUCCAACUCACCAAGUUGAAACAACAACAACAGCAACAACAACAACAACAGCGACCCAAAUAUCAGUUACAAAUCGUGUGGAGAAAUGUUGCUGCCUUUCUUUUCCUACACAUAGGCUGUCUUUACGGCUUAUAUCUAUUGUUCACCACAGCAAAACUUUCCACCGUCCUAUGGACACUACUGAUCAGCAGCGCAGGUGCGACAGGCAUCACGGCGGGCGCCCACCGGCUGUGGGCACACAAGGCGUACCGCGCCCGGUGGCCACUGCGCCUGCUGCUGGCCGUCUUCCAGACGCUGGCCUUCCAGAACCACAUCUACGAGUGGGUGCGCGACCACCGGGUGCACCACAAGUUCACAGACACCGACGCCGACCCGCACAACUCACGGCGCGGCUUCUUCUUCUCGCAUAUUGGUUGGCUCAUGGUGCGCAAACACAGUGACGUCAUCACCAAGGGUCGCCAGGUCGACAUGAGCGAUCUCGAGCGCGACUGGGUCGUCAUGCUGCAGAAAAGAUACUACUUGAUAGCGGUUCCGUUUUUCUGCUUCUUCAUUCCGACGUGGGUGCCAGUGCACUUUUGGGGUGAGAAGGCGUGGGUGGCCUGGUACGUGGCUGGCAUCUGCCGCUACACACUCUCUCUCAACUUCACCUGGCUAGUCAACAGUGCCGCGCACAUCUGGGGAACCAAGCCUUACGACAAAAACAUCACGCCGACAGAGAACGUGACAGUGGCGAUGCUGGCGUUCGGCGAGGGCUGGCACAACUACCACCACGCGUUCCCCUACGACUACAAGGCGGCCGAACUGGGCAACUACCGCGCCAACCUCACCACCGCCUUCAUCGACAUGUUCGCGCGCAUCGGCUGGGCCUACGACCUCAAGAUGGCCACGCCCGCCAUGGUGCAGCGCCGCAUCCUCAGGACGGGCGACGGGUCGCAUGACAGUGUGGCCGCCCACGACCACCAUCACCAUCAGGACGAGGUGUGGGGCUGGGACGACAAGGACAUGACGACCGAGGACAAGAAGCUGAUCGAGAUCAUCAACAGGGUUGAGGAUUAGAGAGUGAUCGUCGGGCGACAAGAAAUUGAUCGACAGAGUUCAGGAUUAGAGAUUCACUUCAAACAAGGUCUAUAGACAGAGGUCAAGACACCAUCCCAUGAUACAUUGCAGAACUGCCACAUUGAAGACUAGUUUACUAGUUUGGAAGUUUGUUUACUAGUUGUUGAAUUAACACAAUAAGAAACGGGAAGAUUGCUUUGCAUAGUGCAUGAUUUUGCUACAAAUACGUUGUUCUUAUUGAAUUAUAUUUUGAAAUUUGUCGCCAAAAUAACUUCAAUAUGGCCGCUCCACAACAAUUAGUGUCUAGACCUCUUUCUAUAGACCUUGCACUUCAAGUGGGACACUUAAUUCCCUUUGGCGUGAUAACAGUAAUUAUCCCAACGCUCAUGAUAACAGUAUAUUUCAGAACUUUCGAUGGUAUUAUGGAUUACAAGUUACUUCUGUUAACAUGGGACACUCAGUUUCAUUUUGCCUGGUAUUCCAACGAUCAUUAUAACAAUAUACUUCAAUUUCAACAGAACAUUCGAUCAAAUUAUGAUUACGGCUCAAAUGAACAAUUUUUAACACUUUCCAUGAAUCUUUAAAACUUGUUAUUAUCAUCAACAUCAUGGAGUUGGCAGACAAAAUAUAUAUUGUUUAAAAUGUGUUGAAUAGAUUGUCAUGUUCCAUUAAGGAGCUGGAGAAUGUUAUUGUAGAAUACAAUAUUAAUGUCAUUAUAGGAUUAGAUUCAUGCUUCUUUCGUCGUCGCUUCAAGUAUGACACUUGAUUUUACUUGCCCUGGUAACAGUAAUUAUUCAGUAAUCAUGAUAACAAUAUAGGCUACUCCAAUUUAACCGAACUUUAGGUCGUAUUAUGAUCGGAUUACUACAGGACUUGAAUGACGAAUUUUUCACAGUUCCCAUGAAUCAUCAAUUAUUAUUAUCAACAUCUUGGAGUUGGCAGAAAUAAAUAUAUAUUUAAAUAAUUUAGAAAAGAUAUAUUUGUGGCAAAUAUAUUGGAUAAGUUUACAUGUUCCAUUGAAGAGCUAGAGAAUUUUCUUGUAUAAUGUAAUAUAAAAUAAUAUUAUUAUAAUGUGUGACUGCAAGGCAUAUCAGAUCAGUUGUAAUUUAGAGCAUUAGAUGAUGAUAUCUUCCUGAGAAUGUGUGUAUAGUUGAUUUAUAUAAAUGUAGUGUAAUUAUAUUUUUAGGAUUGCUUUUUAUUAAUUUAUUGCUUGGUAGAGAAUUUUCAUUAUUUCUUCAAGAGCUACAUUCCAAUCUGGAGUAUAUUCAUUUCGGGAAUUCCCCACAUGGUUUGGUUAUUUCCACAGUUCAACUUAGUAGCAUACACUUUCAACAAAGUGAAACAUUUAUUAUGGUUUAUUAAUGGCAAUAUCCUACUUGAAAAAAAAAUGAUAAUUUCCGUAGAAUCUCAAUGUUGAAGAACAUAACUCAGUGCAUGAUUGAAAGUGAAAACUACUAUUAAUCUCUUUGGAAUAAAAUACAAUUCAAUUAAAAAUAGGAUUAAGUUAUCAGAACUGUUAAAUUAAUUAUAUAAAUACUUGCAAAAUCUUGAAUGUAGUUUUUAGAUAUAUUGUCUCAGAUUGUUUUAAUAAAAUGUUGAGCCUAAA